GAUCGCUACAUUUGUGUCAAAAGCCUAAAAAACUAGGCAGUAUUUAACGGAAGAAAACGUGGAAAUAUUGGACCAUCCUCCAUAUAGUCCCGAUCUAAGUCCUAACGAUUUCUUUACUUUCCCGAAAAUUAGAAACAGACUGCAUGGUCAAAGGUUCAAGUCACCGGAAGAAGCAGUUGACGCAUUCAAAAAUGCCGUUUUGGAUCUGCCAGCAAACGAGUGGAAUAAGUGCUUCGAAAAUUGGUUCGAGCGCAUGCAGAUGUGUAUUAAUCUUCGUGGAGAAUACUUCGAAAAACAAUAAAGUCAUUUAAAACCACCUACC